GGAGUGUUAUCAACUUUUGCCCCACUUAUUUUACAUGUAUUAUAUCAUCGUAUAAUUAAUCAUAAUAAUCAUGUCAUUCAUGUACGCCUCUACUACAUAAGAAAAUCUGGUAUAUUGUAUGGGCUGGGCUUGUGUCUGGGCCUUACAAUUGUACUCAAUUGGGCUAUCUUUUGGGCUAAUUACAAGUCUUGUUAUGCUGUGAUUAAUGAAAUAAAUACAUGUUGGCAGGGAAUCAAUAAUACUUUCAUGUGGUCAUGUGCAUAUAGGAUAAGGUUUUUAGCAACGAACCAAAAUUUGUGGUUUAGUAAAAUUGAAUAAAAGUGUUUAUGUUACCAAGUCAGAGUUCCUCUCUCUUCUUUUCCUUUCCCUUUGUCUUGAGUUUUUCCUGCUAACUUCAUACUAUGUUGCUAUCUCCAUCAUUCACCACAGUCAUCAGGCCAGUUAAAGCUCGCAACAGCGUAUACACAAGGAAUCCCUCGCAAUGUUCGACGAUGAUCAAGGUGGUAGCCAUGGCAAAGGGUACCAGCAAUGAGACUGAAGACGGUGGGAUAGUCGAGAAACUAGCUAUAGCCGGAGGAUUGAUUUCGUCUCCGGUGAUCGGAUGGUCACUCUACACUCUUAAGACGACGGGCUGUGGACUUCCUCCUGGUCCUGGUGGAUCAAUAGGGGCUUUGGAGGGGGUUAGCUACUUGGUUGUGUUGGGGAUAAUUGGCUGGUCUUUGUACACUAAGACAAAGACAGGUUCGGGUCUUCCCAACGGGCCUUUCGGUUUGCUGGGUGCUGUUGAAGGCUUGUCAUACUUGAGCUUGCUAGCCAUUCUUGUUGUGUUCGGAUUACAGUUUGCGCAGAAUGGUUCCAUCCCUGGGCCCUUACCAGGAGACCAAUGUUUUGGCUAACUUUAUGUGUAUGAAUGUAAUGAUCAGUUAAGUAUAAAUGAAAUAGAAAAUCUAUGUUUUUAAUCUCCAUA